AAUGAACUUCCUUUGUCUUCCUUUACCUCUACCGUUCCUGUGAUUGUUUCCUUACCUUCGUCAUCUAUUACUUCCGUAACUUCCUCCACUGCUCCUCCUAUAAUUCCUCCCCCCACUGUUCACCAUACAGAAGUGGGCUCUUCAAGUGGGGGUUCUACUAUGAGGAGCGUGACCAUUAAAGUUCGUGCCAACAUCAUCCUUUUAAGAAAGUCUGGGCAAGCUGAUACGUGGCUCGAACCUUUGAUUGGCCCCAUUGAGAAGGCUAAACUUGAAAGCUAUAGUAAUAUGACCCUCCUGAAUGAUAUUAUGCAUGCAAGUUUGAAGGCCAAUCUCAUCGGUACUGAACUAAUGACCCGAGUCUCCCUCUUGGAAAAACUGGCUCGUGACUUAGAAACGACUGCUCAUGACGCAGAAGAAGUUGCCCGUGGCUCUCAAUUGGAAGCCAACAACUGGAAGGGCCAGUUUGAAAGUGCAAAAAUCGAUAUGGAGAACUUGGAGAAGAGAAAAAGUACCUUGGAGAAGCAAGUUCAAGCACUAGCCUCUGAACUGGCAACGAUUAAGGCUACUUCAGACCAGACUAAGAAGGAAAAAGAGCGCCUUGAAUCUUCCUUUUCGGAACAGCUGUCCAAGGUCAAUGAGGAGAAUAGGGCUCUAAAGACUUUGCUGGCUCAGAAAGAGAUACAUACGGGGGAGCUAGCACAAGACCUUUCUCCGGCACAAGAAGAACUACGAGCUUCUGUAGACAAGAUUCAUGCUCUGGAAAAUUCUCACACCACACUUCAAUCAUCUUAUAGUUCUGUCCUAGCUAAGAAUGAAGUUGCUACAUGGGAGAAAGAUUAUGAACUUCUCAAAGAGUUAACCAAUAUUGAAGUGAGUUGGACCUUUUUAAAGUCUCAUCGUGACACCUUGGUGGAAAUGGGCCAAGAAAAUUUCAACCUUGAAUCUGAAUUAGCCAAGGUGAAUGAGGCUAUUGAGCGAGCACAACAACCAUAGGAUUUUUCAUCUCCCGAGGCUGGACCUUCUGUGACCGAAACUCCUUUGGUUGAGACUCCUUUGGUUGAAACUCCUAUGGUGGAGACUCCCGCAGUUGAAGUUCCUUUGGUAGAGACUCCCUCAGUUGAAGUCCCCGUGACUGUUGAAAUUGCCACGAGCGUUGCACCUUCCUCAAGUUCAUCCGUGCCUCUUGCUGCUAAUCAAGCUGAGACUUUGCCUGUUGAUGCUCCUACUGCUGUGAUUGAAGAUUAACCUUUAGUUGUUGAUGAUAUUGUUCCAGUUGAGCCCGCCGAUGAUCUUUCUUCAGUUCCUUCUUCUUAAUGAAAAAGUUUUUAUAAUUGUUUGAAAUUCCUUUUUGCAGGUACCAAUCUGGAAAAAUAUGUUUAAAGUUUUUGGUUUCUUGUGAUAAAUUUUUUUUGGAAUCAAACUCCUUGUUAUCAGUCAAGGUUUGAUUUUAGAAGUUCAAGUCCCCAAGUCUUGUUAAGGGGCACUUUUUUCUGUAUGAACAAUUCGACGACUAAGUUUUAUACUUAGUCUUUAGU